AUGGGUUCGCCUUCCACUUCAUCAUCGGUGGCCGAGACGCCGUCGUCGUCGAAGGGAGGGCCCGAAGGGGACCAGGCUACGCAGACCAAUAAGCAGCCUCCAAAAACGAGCAGGACGAGAUUUAAGCCUCAAUUAUCUUGUACGCUGUGCAGAACUCGAAAACUCAAAUGUGACAGGAAUCUUCCGUGCCAAAAUUGUAUCAAGCGGGACCUGUCUGCUUCCUGUACCUAUGUACAUGCCGGAUUGCGUCGUGAUAAAUCUUCGCCAAUUCAGAAGUCCACCAGCAACUCCAAAGAUGUCCAGAGUCAAAUCUCGCAUCUCGAACAACUGGUCGUCUCCUUGAUGAACAGAAGCAAUACGAUUGGCAAUUCGAGCAGGACUGACGGUUCCCCUUCUAGUUUGGAUGAAAAUAAUCCAAGCCAACAGAUACAUUCGAGCACUCUAGAGGAUCACUGGACUGAAAUUAAUGCCGUGAAGGAAACUGCCGAAUCGAUUGGACUGAUCAGUAUACAAGAUGACCAACCAAAUUAUGUUGGAAGUUCUCACUGGGAAGCUAUCCUUGACAACAUUGCAUGCCUCAAGGAUGCUCUAGGAAAUACCGAGCCGCAGCAAGAGGAAAAGGAGAAAGCCACCGGGCCAGUGCCUAUUGGCCCGGAUCUACUAGUUGGUUCUGUCAGAAAGGUUUCAAGGACAGAAAUAAUCGCGGCACUUCCCCCCAAGAGGCUUGCGGAUCAGUUGGUCCAGGAAUUUUUUUCAACGCCGGAUAUAGGAUGCCCUAUGAUACAUCAACCUACAUUUCAGAGAAACUAUGAAAAGUUUUGGGCAGACCCCACUAGCACUCCAAUCAUAUGGAUUGGUAUGCUCUUUUCCAUCUUAUGUCUCUCAAGCCAACUUGAAUUAUUGCUCAACAAGAGCUCAUUUGCCGGUUCAACCGACGUUGCGCUUCGCGAUCCAGCCGAAAUCAUGGAUAUGUACCGCGAGAAAAUUGUGCAAUGCCUUAUCUUGGGAAACUAUACCGAGCCUAGUCCUUAUACUAUCGAGACUCUCUUGCUAUACUAUGUAACUGAGCACUUUCGAUCGAUGGAUACGCAAUUUGGAUCGUGGAUGGUCUUUGGCCUCAUUGUCCGAGCAGGAAUGAGACUGGGAUUGCAUCGUGACGCUUCACAUUAUCCAAAGAUAUCGAUUCUCCAGGGUGAAAUUCAGCGUCGGCUAUGGUCAUCGAUUGUGUAUCUCGACAUUCAAACGUCUUGCCAAGUAGGCCUUCCGAGAAUGAUCAAGGAAAAUAUGUAUGACACUCAACCGCCACGAGAUCUUUUGGAUGAGGACUUGGAUGAAAAUACUAAGGUUUUGCCACCUUCCCGGCCAAGUAGCGAUUUGAUCCCAUGUGCGUAUUUGAACAACAAACAUAGGAUCACCAAAGUGUUCGGAAUGAUCGUCGACCAAUCAAAUUCGAUCGAUCCUAUCCCAUAUGAGGAGGUUAUGAAACUAGACACCCAUCUCCACGAAAUCUGGCAGCGGACUCCGGAGACUCUGAAGAUGCGCAGUGUUGAGGAUCUCAACAACGGUCCCAUCGAAACGAGAGUACACGGCACGUAUCCGUAUCCUUACUCUAUGAAAACCUGCGUCGAAGCCUCAGUCCGAAUCUUGCAAUGCCAAAUAUACAUGCAUAAUGAGACACGGCCUGGCGCGCUCCUUCGGGAUCAGAAAUGGAAGACAUCAUCUCUCAUGGCCCAGGACUUUCUCCUGGCUGCCAUGCUCCUCUGCCUGUAUUUAGGCCAUGGUGUGGCUGUGGAGUCGCUUGAGAAGCAGGUAUGCCAAACCGAUAUACGCGUGAAAUGGAGUCGAGAAGCCGUGCUCGACAUACUUAAUGGAUCGUACCAAAUAUUCGAAGAGACAAAACUCGCAUCGAAGGAGGCAUUCAAGGCCGCAAAUGCGAUGAAGGCCAUGCUUGCCAAAGUGAGGAAUGCUUCCGUGACCACUCCAGUCAGUGAAGCCCGGGAGACAAGUCAGUCAACGGAUCCUAGGAUGUGUAGCCAGGUAUCAUCAUCUAACCCCACGCCGUCCACCCAAUCAUUGGAACGUCAAUUCUUCGAGGGUCCUAGCCUGCCUUGGAUGGAACCGCCCUCAUUCGAAACUGGGGGCUUGCCGGCCAAUCUAAACACACUCCAGCAGCCCAGCGAUAUAAACCAAGCCUUGUUUGAUACCAUGGAAUUAGACUGGGAAGUCUGGGACAGCCAAUUCUACAACAACGGGGUUUCACAAACCCCGCCAGACCUGUUCAAUGUCGAUGCAAACGUAUCGUUCCCCGAUCCAAAUGCAACAUUUAUGCAAUGGGACCAACAGCUAUAG